CUUCGCAGCCAUGUCUUCUGUCUUGGCCCACAAGGCCAUAGUCUCCCCCGCACGCGGCGGCAGAACACGGCAGGCGAUGGAGCACAGGACGUCAUCGGCGGCGGCGCUCUGGGGGCACGAGCACCUCCCGCUGCUGGCCCGCGCGCGCUCGAAGGACUCGGUAGAGUACAUCCUGCAGGCCCUUUGGCGCACCCGCCGCACCGGCCUCGACGCCGCCGACCGCGCCAUCGUCCGCGACAUCCUCCAGCUCCCCUCCGACUCCGAGCUCGACCCCCUGUUGGUGUGCCUCAGGAUACUGACCCGCAGGUGCGUCCAUGACAACAUCGCGAGGGAGGAGAUUCCGAAGCUUUUCCCCCAGGAGGUGCUGCCCGAGCUGCAAAGGCUGCUCACUUUGCUCCUGCAGAAGUUUCAGCCGGAGUGGCGAGAGGACACCUUAAAGGAUCAGGCAUCCGCGGCGAAUUCGGAAACAACAAAAGGCCAUUUGAGUAAAAAUCAAGACGCGUCAGAGCAACCAGCUACUACACAGCUUCACUGUGGUACAUCAUCAGCAAAGGUGACGUCUGAAUCAGGAGAGAAAGAAGGGAAGCUCCAGUUAGCUAAGGAUUCUUUAGACAAAAUGCUCAACGAUGUAUACCCAAUCAGGGGCAAAGUGUCAAAUGCUGUUAGUAAUGAUUCUUUAGACAAAAUGCUCAACGAUGUAUACCCAAUCAGGGGCAAAGUGUCAAAUGCUGUUAGUAAUGAUUCUUUAGACAAAAUGCUCAACGAUGUAUACCCAAUCAGGGGCAAAGUGUCAAAUGCUGGCAAUACCAACGGGGGCCAUGGAGAAGCAGCAAGAAGCACUUAGGAAAGGAUGAUUCUGCUGCUUCUUUUUUAGCUCCAAGGGCAUUUUUUAGCUAUAGGCGACCCAUAUGUAAAUUCACUAGUAGUACCUUUUCCAUUUUUGUUAAAUCAUUGGUAGAUAACAUCUUUGCAACUAGAAUUAUUGUGUUCUUU